GUCCCUCAAUCCCUGGUGCCGAUGCUGACGGAAUCUUUGAUCCAGAGAAUCUCUGGGGAUUCUGGUGCCAGCAUCAUCCUCCGACAAGAUACGAGGAAUUUGGGCUACAGCUUGGUUCUCUUCUCCGGCCCCAACCAGGCCACGCAGCAAGCGAGAGAAAUGGUGCAGAAAUACUGCGGGCUCACCACUGGACCAAACAUCACGAAAACUAUCGAGCUCCACACGUAUCAUUCGAGUGCCUUCUAUGCAAUGGAUGAAGCCAUGAAGGACUUCAAGAACAAGGUGGCUGGUCUGUCGAUCAAGCUGAUCCCUCCGGAGACGUUGGGCGCUCCCUUCAAGGUCAGUAUCGGCCCGGGUCAGGUUGCCCAUGUCUCCACUGCGGAGGCGACCAUCCGCAAGACCUUGCGCGAGGUCGAGCUGGAACUGUGGACCCUGAAUGGGGCCAAGGGGCACUACAAGCAGAGGCGAACAGUUCCUCCUGAGCUGAAGCAUGCAAUGAUGUGCAAAAACACCAAGGAUGGCAUCGACUGUCCUAACAAGGCUUGCCCUUUCUGCCAUUCCGUAGAGGAGUUGGAGAUCGCCAGCCGCUGUUGUUUCGAGAACAUCAGCAUCUCGGGACAGGCUACCUUGGGAAAUGCGACAGUGCAGAGGCCUGCGCCCGUGAAAGCUCCGCCCAUCAUCACUGCCACAGCGGUCCAAGCCAAGACCUCCGUGAAAGGAGACUCCCAGGAGAGCAGCGCAAAGAAGCCGGACAACGAGACGAGCGGGCUCCUGUAG